AUGCUCCCACCAAUUAGGUACAAGGUCAAGACUGAUAUAGAACCAAUCGAUGAAAGAAUAGAACACAAAUAUGUCGAACUUCUUUCCUAUCUGAAGAGCCCACUUUACCAUGAGAACAACGGAAAUCAUCGUGGAGAUUUAGCCACAAGAAUUCUCGUCCACAGAUCACAAGUACAAACUUCGUUAAACGGUCAGAAUGCUGAGAAUAAACGGAAGCAAAGACAUGACAAAAAAUGUCUGUUCGAUGGAAGGACAAAGCGGUCACAAUCGCGAGUUACAAAUUCAAUUUCGGAAACCGUUGCUGUGUCAGAUAAUCCAAUUAAGUGGAAAAAAGAUCGGAGCUUAAGAACAAGCCUGACGUUAUCUGAAAAACACCCCAACCUGUCCUCCAAGACUUCUCCCAAAUUACGGUCGAAAUCAACCGGAACUCGCAAUGUGGCUGCUCACGGGGAAACGCGUUAUGGAAAUCCAAAGAAAGAGAGACAUCUUUUAGCCAGUCAACUGGACAAGACGGAUUCAAAAUCCGAAUGUGAAAAAUACCCAAAUGCAAUGAGAUGGCCCGCAUUUCAAAGAUUCAACGAUGGGCGGAUUCUGUGCUGGUUGAAGGAAAAGGAUGAGAAAUUGAAAGAGGAGAACAGACGAAAGAAGCGUGAACAGAAAGCUGCAACAAUUCUAGCUGAGGAGAUCAAAUUGCAGCAACAAACUCGAGUGCAGAAGGCAAGCGCGGCGUACGAAGCGUGGUUGUCAACCAAAUCCUCCAAACCCAAGUCUAAUCCUGGAGAUGUGAGCCAACCAAAGAGUUCUUCAGACUGCACACUGAACGUCAAGAAUAGUAGCGAAAGCAGCUCACCAUUGCCAUUAGAUACGUCUAGCAUAUCAGACACACCACAGGACUCUGCUAGCGCCAAUUCCGUACCACUGAAACUUGAAUUUCCUAGGGAGCACUCACCCAAAAUUGAAAAAACUCUGCGCUCGUGUGAAGUAACAGAAACACUUGGAGAGCCCGUUCAUUCUAUCGGAGCGGCGUUAGUUGCUGAUGAACUCCUGCUUCCAGUUACAAGUGCAGAAACUAAGCAAGCUACACCUGUUGCAUGUGAGGAUCCGCUACCUCACAAAAUGACCACUUCCGAAUUCACAGUUCCCAACGUUACAUCUUUGCGGUUGACACAUAAACAAUGGAUGAAACAGAAGUUCAUUCAGGCACGUAACGCAGAACAAGCACGGUGGCAGGCAGAAGAACGUGUUUCCAGGGAGGAAGAGGGUUCAACAUUUUUAAAUUAUUGGAGGGAUGUACUGAGGAGGCAUCGUCAUCGACCAGAGCUGAAUAGCGGCACCGUUGACCGUAAGGCCCUAGGAGAAAUUCUUAAACAGUGGAACUGUUGUACGCUUGUGGUCGGAGCACAAUUACCGGAGAUCAAACAGAAACACCCCAAAAGUCAAACCCGUCGCCUUACCCUUCGAUUUCCAGCAACGCUACUGAUGCCUGAGUCAUGCACAGAAGAAGACAUACAAGAAGCAAACCACAAACUGAACAUUGAUCAUACUGUAGUUGUGGUUGGUAUGUGUCAGCAACCAAAUGGGCAAAAGAUUUUAGCCGACAGCACAGUAGGGAGAGCACAAGACUGGACGGGGACAAAAAUUAGAACACCCUAGCAAUCGACAUCAUCGUCAUUUUUAGCGCCGCAGCAGAACUACUCCGCUCGUCGAACAAAAUUCUUUUCUAGCACACACCUUGAUUUUAUCCAAGUAUUUAUAAUGAGUUUUGUUUACCCAGCAAUACGUAAUGAUCUGUUUUAUUUUUUCUUCUGUUGUUGCAGCUGUAAAAGUGAG